AUGUCCGCCCCCGCCACCGACGACGCACAGAUCCCCCCCGCCGGCACCACCCAGACAGCCGCCACCCCCGCCGGCGCCGCCGCCGCUGCUCCCGCUGCUGAGGGCACCGACGCCCCCGCCGGCCCCUCGAAAUCCGAGCUGAAAAAGCGCGCAAAGGAGGCAGAGAAGGCCAAGAAGGCCGAGGCAGUGAGGCUCAGGGCGGAGGAGGAGAAGAAGGCGAGGGAGGCCAAGGAGGCAGAGGACCAUGCAAGGCAGAACUAUGGCAAGCUGCCCCUUCACCAGAGCCAGAGCAGGGACGGCCAGACACGCCUCAAGUUCCAAGAGCUCACCGACGAGCUCGUCAACCAACGCGUCCUCUUCCGCGCCCGCCUCCACAACUCCCGCUCCCAGUCCGCCAAGCUCGCAUUCGUCACCCUCCGCCAGCAGACCCACACCCUCCAGGGCCUCGUCGCCGUCUCCAAAGACGACGACCCCAACCAGGUCUCCCGCCAGAUGGUCAAGUAUGCCACCCUCAUCCCCUCCGAGUCGCUCGUGCUCGUUGAGGGUAUUGUGGCCAAGGCCGAUGUGAAGAGCUGUACCGUCAACAACUAUGAAGUCAAGAUUCACAAGAUCUUUACUUCUGUCGAAGUCGGCGACCUGCCCUUCUCUAUCGACGACGCUUCCCGACCCGAGUCGGACUUUGCGCGUAUGGAGACUGAAGACGUCCAAUUCUCCCGUGUCGCCCUGCCCACCCGUCUCGACAACCGAACGCUCGACCUUCGCACACCCACCAACCAAGCCAUCUUCCGCAUCCAAUCUGCCGUCGGCCACUUCUUCCGCUCCUACCUCACCUCCCAAAACUUUAUCGAGAUCCACACCCCCAAGCUCCAAGGCGCCGCCACCGAAUCCGGCGCAUCCGUCUUUAAAGUCCAGUACUUUAACGGCGGCGCCUUCCUCGCCCAGUCGCCCCAGCUUGCCAAGCAGAUGGCUAUCGCCGGCGACCUCGAGAGGGUCUUUGAGAUCGGGCCAGUGUUCAGGGCCGAAGACUCGAAUACGCAUAGGCACAUGACCGAGUUUAUGGGGUUGGAUCUCGAGAUGGCUAUUGAAGAGCAUUACCACGAAGCCGUCGACGUGCUCGACAAUAUGCUCAAACAUAUCUUCAAGGGCUUGCAGACCGAGUACAAGCACGAGAUCGAGGUCGUCAAGAAGCAGCACCCGCACGAAGACUUUAUGUUCUUGGAUGAGACUUUGAGGCUGCCUUUCAAGGAAGGCAUGAAAUUGUUGAAGGAGGCGGGCGCGACCAACUCGGACGGUACGCCUAUCGGCGAGAUGGACGACAUGUCGACUGAGAACGAAAAGCUCCUCGGCAGCAUCAUCCGCGAAAAAUACCACACCGACUAUUUCAUCCUCGACAAAUUCCCCCUCUCCAUCCGGCCCUUCUACACCAUGCCCGACCCCGCCGACCCGACCUUGUCCAACUCGUACGACUUUUUCAUGCGCGGUGAAGAGAUCCUCUCGGGUGCUCAGCGGGUGCAUGAUGCGGAGGUGUUGGCGGAGAGGAUGAAGGAGGUGGGGAUUGACCCGGCUACGAUGGGUAGCUACCUUGAUGCGUUCAGGCUUGGGGCGCCGCCCCAUGCGGGUGGUGGUAUUGGGUUGGAGCGAGUCGUCAUGCUCUUCUUGAAGUUGGGUAACAUUAGGAGGGCGAGCUUGUUCCCCAGGGACCCCAAGCGAUUGGCUCCUUAG